UAUAAAACCAUACUUUAUAGAUUGAAAUGAUAUAAAGUUGUUUAUAUUUGCCUUUUAGCUACUAAUUUUUACAUGUGUCCAUAAUAGCAGUGCAUAGGGGUCUUAUCACGUUAUUGUUGUUACUUAUCCUUUUCGGACCUUUUCCCCCUUUCAUUAUCUUUAGCCUCGUUUUGAGCGGAAAACAUCGGAAAAAAUACAGAGAAGUUUUUCUUAUUUUAUUUUGUUUUUUCAGCUACAUAUUCUUCCGAUAAUCGAUAAUUUUAGCAGUUUUUUCUUAAUCAUAUAUCUAACUUUGAUUUGACUGAGUAAUUUACGUACGAACUACGGAUAAACUUAAAAUUCGGAUAGAACAAAGAAGGAACAAAGAAACACGUUUUUGACCUACUUUAUAGCGUGGGUUGUAGCCACAUUCCAUUGUUCUUUCUACUGCCAAUACUUUACGAUUGUCACUUUAAAUAUUAACUAUGCCAUUUCCCAUUAACAUUCUUAUACUAGGUCAUUCAUUCACUCGAAGGCUACAGAGAUGGUGUGUUGAAAAUCAACAGAUAAAUAUGAAUCUAGAUUCCAACAGGUUGCAGAUAUUCUGGCAUGGAAUAAGUGGAGGGAAUGUCAUUGACACUUGUCAUCAGAAGUCCAUCUGGCCCGAAACGUAUUUGGCAUCUGCUUUAAAUAUUCAAAUAACACUUUUAGAUAUUGGCAGCAACGACCUGUGUGAUCCAGCUGUGGAACCAUCCAAAUUGGUACAGAGCAUGACUGAAUUGGCGUACAAGCUACUUGAGUAUGGGUGUAGAAUUAUUGUUUUUUCAGAAAUACUGCCAAGAAAAAAUGCUGAAAAUUUCAACUGCAAGGUGUCUCAGACUAAUGCCCUGCUCCAGGAAGUAUGUUCUGGAGAUCCCUCUUUAAUUUUUUGGUCACAUUCCAGGAACAACUACAAUAGACGUUUUCUUGCAGAAUAUGUGGCUCAAGAUGGCAUCCACGUAGACAGUGUUCGUGGUAUGCCACGAUAUUACAGCUCAGUUAGGGGUGCACUCUUGUUUGCUGAAAACCACCUGUAAGAGUGUUGUAUUAUUCAAUACCUUGUAUAUUCAUGUACAUUAUGUCAAUAUAUGUUAUUUUUAUAUGUUUGAUUAUUCAUGUUUACUGUACAUUUCAGAUAUUUUGUAUCAAACUACAAACUCGAACUACAAAUCUGGUAAUCUACAUUGGGGAAACAGGAAGAAUACAGUUGUUUAGUCCUGGUUCUUUAGAAAUACAAAGAAAUAUUUUGGAAAGAUAAGAAAAAGGAUGCCUAAAAUAAGGCCCUCAGAGGCAAAAGGUGGAAAACGCCGGAAACCAAAAGACGCAGAUAGCCGUAUGGCUAGACUUAUAGCAACUGCCCUUGCAAAAGACAAAAACACAAUGCAGGAACUAAAAGAUCUUAUAAACAAGCAGGAGACUGAUGACGAGGAUGUGCAAACACAAAGAGAAGAUGGUACAUAUGUAGAUCAAGACGACAAUACAAAUGUAAAUCUGUCAGGUGAGGAUACUGCCUCUAGCUCGGGUGAGUCAUCGGAGGGGUCUGACUCGGAGUUGGAGGAUGAUCUCACAGGUCCUUACCCUCCGGGUGGCCACUCCGGGGAAUCCAUAGACCUAGGAACUUUCUCGGCAGUACACUCCCCUGUGGAUAAAAAAUUAAAGGAAAAAAUUUUUAACAUGCAAUAUAUUGAUCUAUCCCACUUAUAUUACAAAAAUUCCAUUUCUGAAACAACUACCAUUAAGAAAACAAAAUCAGAAAUGGUUACAUCUGUGCAAAAAUCUGCACCUAAACAAAUCUCAAAUAUUCUAACGUGGUGUAGGGCCUUUCAGAUUUACGCAGAUGUAUACUGCACUAAGUACCAAGAUGAAAGCUCCCAACUGUUCCAGUAUAUGACCUUGAUUCAAAAUCUGGCCAACCACACUAGACAUUGGCAGCUAUAUGAUGAAAAAUUUCGUCAGCUGCGUGCUGUGUCUCCAGUCCCAUGGGGUAAAAUACAUACAGAAACAUACUUGUAUUGCUGUAUAGCCCAGACCUCUUCCUUUCGUUCCUACAACAACAACAACAACCAAAACAACAACUUGUAUGGCUCCGCCUUCAAGCUUCCACCACAUAUCAUGUUCCGCAAAGGUUACUGCUGGGACUACCAGCGUCUCAGUUCCUGCCCUAAACAAAAGUGUAAUGUCCUCCAUCAAUGUGCCAACUGUGAAGGACCAACCCAUGGUGCCUCCAAAUGUAACAGACCAGCUAGCCAGCGUAAGCCAACAGAAUCUUCGAAACAUCCCUCCAAAAACUGACUUUCUGCUACCUACCCCAAUAUCUGCUAAGCGUUUGGCUUGGUAUCUUUCAGGUUACGACAGAGGUAAAACCUCUAAACUGGUAACAGGUUUCACUGCUGGUUUCCCAUUGGGCACUGUAGGUUCCAUCCCACCAAGAACUGCAUCAAAUCACCGUUCUACUUUAGAACACAUUUCCUUUGUUCAAGAUAAGCUAAGCAAAGAAAUUACUGAUAAACGUAUCAAAGGGCCAUACCUGUCCCCU